AUGGAAGAGAAUUCGAAGGCGACGUUUGUGCACACCAACAGCGGGACACGCAGGGUCCUGAAGCUGAAACAUGCCACACCGGAGAAACUUUUGCUGGUGUUCGGGCUGAGAGAGGCUCCAAAGCACCUGACGAGAACGGACACACUGGAAGUCGUGUUCGCCGAGCGGGGCCCCGAAGAACCGUACUCCGACCUGGAGCCGGACGCCGAGUACGAGUUCUCAACUGUCGAGUCAACCGAUCAAGUCAAUUCAAGUCAUUCUACAGAUGAGCAAAUGAAGAAAGCGCCAGCCCCGGCAAUGCCACCUCGUCUGCCCGACAAACUCGGCAUGGCCGACAUCCAGCGGGCCAUGAUGUGCUGUCAGGCCAUCUACCAGGACGGACCGGAGAGGGUCGUGCAGUUUCUCAACAAACCAGAGAACCUGUGUCUGCACAACUUCGGGGAAGUCUGUGUGUCCAGGCACGGGAGACUGACCUACAUGCUGGCUGAGACGGAAGAUAAGGACGAGCUGUUUAUAGCAUUUAGAGGUACACAGAGCUAUGAAGACAUACUGUCAGAUCUGUCUAUCUGGCAGGGGUCGGCUGGCGCGCACGGUGAGUCGGCCAUGGGCGGGAAGUGUCACGCCGGCUUCCUGAAGUUGGCCUCCUGUUUUCCCGUCGACCCUAUUCUGCGUAAGUACGUGUAUAGUAGGGGUGCCGACGACUGCGCGCAUAUCGUUGUGUGUGGGCACAGCAUGGGAGGUGCAGUGGCUCACAUUGUCACCCUCAACAUGCUCGCCGACCUCAAACGAUGCGGUCGCGACACAGAUAAGGUCCUCUCCAUCGCUAUCGGAGCCCCGUUCUUUGGUGACCGCGAAAUGCGCAAGUACGCAGAAAAGCACGAGCUGUUCGACAACCUCCUGACCAUAGUCAACCAGAACGACCCUGUGCCGCGGUUGCUUCAGUUGGCGGAGGCAUUUCAAUGCGCUACAGAAAUGGGAACAAAGAAGGUCCAGGGGAUCGUCAAGAAGACCCUGCCGACUCUAAGGAUGAGUUUACAGGCGCUCUCGUACACCGGCAUCGGCGGCCAAGCUAUUGCCAACGCGGCUGCAGCCAUCACUAUGGUGGAACAAAUCCCGGCGUACGUUGAACACAUCAAGCAGUCGCUAGGAACCUACGUGCACGCGUUGGAAGACGUCCUGAGGUACACACCCUUAGGUUGGUACAUGCUCAUCACUCACUACAGACCUCCAGGCAUCGGGCAGAAGAACCAGUGGCAUGUGUCCUACUUAGAAGCUGCAGCGGAAGUCGUCCUGGCCAUGGGAGAGGUUGGCAAAAUGCAGUUGUCAGUGGACAGGAUGAACGAGCACAAGAUCAUCGAAUAUGCAACAGUCUAUCCCAAGACCACAGAUCUGGGACAGCCAAUGAAGUUCGACACUGAGGUAGUCAGAACGAGCCUGGAGACAGCAAGUGUUCAGGACAAGAUGAAGGUGCCUAGAAAGGUUGCAGAUUACAGUCCUUUCGAGCUCAAAAUUGACGACAUCUCCCUGACUACGAUUGGUCCCGAGGGGUCGAAGAAACAGACCAAAGUCCGCAUCAUUGUCAUUGGACAAAACCUCGAGUUUUUCGUUUUGCCAGAAAAGCCUUUCACAGGAAUUCCAGCUGACAUGAAGAAGGGCAUAGAGACGAAGGUCAAUGCUGAUGAGGUCACUCUGGAAUGUGAGUUGGAAGCGAACAAGUCGGCCGACUCACUGGCGUUGCCGAAGGUUCACUUCACAACUCAUUUUGAGGAAAAGGAAAUACAGAUCCCCACAAAGCAAGUCAAAGAAGCCAAAGGCCUGACACUGUCGGAAUGUGCCGUUAACGACCUCAGCCCAGCUGUCCUUGUCAAAGCUUUCCAACGAAGUCUGUCCAACAUCUUACUGGCACAAGAUCGAAAGAAAGCGACGGAGUCGGAUGCUAUAUUGAAGCUUCUAAGUCGUCUGGACGGGGAGCGCAAAUCGGUGAAGGAAGGUAAAGACGAGGUAAAGCUGAAGAACAUGAUUGACGACGCCACGACUUUGGAUGACCUGAUGAAGAACCAAGAUUUGUUCCGAGUAGUCGGAGAAAUCUUGGAAGAAUUUGGUCAAUACUUGAAGGUGGAGUACCCAUUCAAUUUGGCAAACUGGCUUUUGGCAUCAUUCAUAGGGCUGGUGACCGUCGCGGGUGUUGUGGCAACAGCUGGUGGUGCUGCCAUAGUCUUCGGAGCGAUCGCCUUGAGCAGUGGAGUAGGAAUCGGAAUCGGAGCGGGAGGCGCCGCAGCUGCCUUCGCUGGAACAGGAUUGAAUGUCUGGUACCACUUGCAAUUCAGGGACUAUGAGCAGAACUACAAAGCAAUUCUGAGAAUGCUUAUUGAGGAGUUGUCUGAGAAACCGAGUAAGCAGAAGGGGGACGCUGAUGCCGAUGACGGAACAGUGUACAGCUUGGAACGUGCCCUUUACACAAAAUACAAGGGCCGCGGGUUUCUUAACAAAACUGUCGAUGAAGUCAUGGAUCAAGAGCCUUUUAAAGGCUCUCCUAAGCUGAAGAAGGCAACAAAAAAGUCCCAGAAGGAAGCUCUCCGCCGCUGCCAGAUGGCUUGUGACCUGUUUGAGAUUCGCCGGCACGUGCAAAAGUCAUGCUUCGUUGGCCUGUUCGGGCCUCAGAAUGCUGGUAAAUCCACGCUUAUCGAGAAAACCUGGGGUGUGAAGGUAAAGGAGAGGGGCUUCCAGAUCCACACCUGGUCACCUGAUCUGUACAAGGCGGAGGGAACGGAUAGAAUGGUGAUCAUAGACUUCCCAGGCACUACUACAAUUGAUGAGCAGGUGGCCAACUUGGCAAAUAACUGCGGGGGGCUGUCGAGCAUCCUCGUCCUCGUCAUGCCGUUCCAAGGGGAUACCAGCACGGAUCACGUCACACAGCUGGAGAAAGCUAACAAGCUGGCAGAAGAUUUCGACUGUUCUACUCUGCUCUGCAUUAGCCACUGCGGUCGAUUCAAGGACAUAUUAAAGGACAAGAAGACUGUCGAUGCCUAUAGAAAGGACUACACAAAACACCUUAAGAUCGACCCAGCCAACAUCCUCUUCACGGAGCUUGUGGAGACUGACGACAUGGAGAGCAGGGGUGUAGUUGGGCCGGAAGGGGUGAGGAAUUGGAUAAAAGAUUGGCUUAUCAAAUUUGAUGUGUUUUCAAAGGAUGAUGAUGAGCUCUAUGCCGCUGUCAAUAUGACCAGAGGUUGAGCAACUAUAACACCAAGGCACUCUGCUAAUAGCUCAGAGAUACAGCUAUUCUAUCUAGCUGGCGAGAAACCCUAAAUUUGAUUUCAGGGACAGACACUUUCAGGCAUUUGACUACUAGUGAUUACAUGUUUGUGUCCGUUUUCUUUUGUGUAAGGUAUAGGACUUGCUAACCCUCUUGGAGUUUGUAUUGAUUUCUAUUAAGGUGUGUAUAUUUUACACAGCGUUUCAUUGUUCACAGAUUUUGUGUAGUUUUUGGCAAGCUUUGUUUAGAGGAGGCGUUUGUUUGUAAUUCUUCUGCCGUUGUAUCUUUUGAUGAAAUGCUCUUGUUUUCCUCUAGGUAAAUAGUGUUACUAUACAAGUAAUUAUUGCAGUUAAGACCUUGCGUUGUGGUAAACCAACAUAAUUCAGCUCGUGAGACAUGGUAAUCAUUUAAGCAGAGAAAUUUGCAAGAUGUAAACUUAUUUAAUUGUUGACAUUGCUAGGUACUUGCAGAAAAAUGUAACACAAAGCCUGUCCGAUGAAAACAUGUAGAUUUAGCAUAGACAAAGUGAUCAGUAUAUACAAGUAAAUCGACAAUUUACUGCUCCCAACUGUAGUCUGAACACAUUGCUCAUAAGCUUUCAGAAUUAUCCGAUUAUGGUCGUUUGAAGCUGAUUUAGACCAGAACAUUCGUUCAAAAAUCUACGAAAAGAUACAAAUUCAAAUAAGAAAGUUGAAUUAUGGACACAACUUUCAAAUUACUUACGAACAUAGUUGUUUAUGUUAGUUCCUUUUAUUCCUGCCUAAUAUGCAUAAUUCAGCGACUUGUACUAUGUACGAGUGACUGCAAUGUAUUUUAGUGUAUUGUUAUGAAUCGAAACAAUAAACCAAUAUUAUUAUCAUUUAUUAAUUUCACCAUUAUCUAGUCAACGUUAUACAAGCAGUUGCAGAUGUUCCAGCUAUAAUCUAUGAUUGAAGGCAUAACAGGGAAGGUGAAAAUCUAUGAAGGAAGAUUUAAAGGUCACAGAC